UUUCGAGAGUAUCUUAUAGUUUGUCUUUGUCGGUGCGAGUCACUGCUGUGCUUAAAUGAAAAAUGUGCACAUAAGUUUUUAUGCGAAUCAAAUGUACGUGUUACUUUGACACGAAAAUAACGCGUAUGUAAUUUUGCGUGAAAAUCUAUUAGAUUGUUCAGCAGGAAUUUUUAACCACGAAAUUGCCCACGGUCGCUUUUGCUCUCGCAUAAGUACACGAAGAGACUACAUUUGACGUAUGAAAAGAUGGUGACUGAUUGAUAUCGAAGUUUAAUGAUAACGCAGAUUCCGAGCGUUUCUACUCAUUUCUGCUACGAUAAAAUUAUUAACUGCGUAAAAGAUGGACGGAGGAUCGUCAUUAAGGAUACUGUGAGCAGCUGGAGAUAUCGAUUUUGAUAUCUCAAAAAAGUAAUUAGAUGAAAAAAUUAUGAGUUUAUUAAAGCAAUUGUUUUGAAUUAUAAAUUCCAUACAAUGUCUCAUUGCGAAGAAGAAGUGGUGUCACCUGGUUUUCAUCAAUUAAGUAUUACAAUUGAAGCAGCUAUACUAAGAAGUUCGACCUUUUUAAAGCCUAAUCCGUAUAUAGAAUUCUCAGUUGAUGAUAAAAGUCCUCGUAAAACAGAGGUGUCAAAGUCCACAUAUCAACCAAAGUGGAAUGAAGAGUUUACUAUACUUGUGACACCAUAUUCACAGUUGCAUUUUCGAUUACUUGACCACAGUACAUUUCGCAAAGAUACACUGAUAGGAGAGAAACGGAUAAGUCUAUUUCAAGUGUUAUCACAUUAUAAUGGAAAAUUAGAAAAUUUAGAAUUGACAUUUGAUUUAAUGAGUGAGAGCAAACAUGAUUCUCAACUGUGCAAAGUCGGUGAAUUAAUUACGGUGUUUAAUGGACUUAGAAUUGAUACCACAAAUGAGACACCACUAAGUAUUAGUGAGCCGCCCUGCCAAAUACAAUCUGAUGUUUUAGGUGCCACAAACAAUGAUGCAAUCAAUAACCGAAGUAUUCUCAAUGGUGGAGUUCGUGCACGUAUGAGAUUACAUAGUUCAGAGAAUCUUAUGCCGUCUGUAUGUCGUGGUUUGACAAAUAUUCAUCUUAAUCCCAACAAUGGUGGAAACAGUCAGACAAAUAAUAAUAAAAAUGUCGGAACUUCUAUUGCGAUCUCAUGUGCGGACGGUACAUCGAGUAGCAACAUCGGUAACAGCAGUAGCAGCAGCAGCCUUUCCACAAGUGCUUUGGUGAAUGGACACGCAAUUCCAAUAGCAGAUAAAUCUAUGGUAUCUCCGAAAAAUCGACAUGCCGCGGAUGUACGAACUUUUGCAAGUAGAUUGGCCGUUAAAGACGAGUCUUCAGCGUCAUCCAAUUCGUCGGAAAGUCGAGUGUAUACACGGGGCAAUUAUUGCAAUGCGGAACAAUCCGCUAUGAUCAAAUUGGAUUCACGCAAUGUUCCGCGAUGCGAGCAAUCUUCGAUUAUUCCGGGACAACAGAUAUGUGCUGAUGCUUGUGGAAUUUCUCGACAAGAUCAAUCGACGCUUCCCAAUGCGGAUAGUUCUGGUCCUUCAGGUCAAAUGGACCUGAGUGCUUCACCACAUGCGGAUGUACAUAGCGGUAGUGCUCUGCGAAUAGAACAACCGAUUGUCGCGACUCUUCCAGACGGUCGUGUAGUGACACGAUCGGAACAAUCGAUGAAUAUUCUUUUGACGGAAGAUUUAUGUACGCGACAGCCAGAUCAUACGACGAACAUUCGACGAUUAAGCGUAAAUGAGGAUCUGUGCCCGGCAACGAGACAAAUGGAACAGUCCACCACGAACAUUCUCGUAUCCGAGGACUUGCGUGGAAUGAGACAGCACGCCGAUCAAUCCGCAAACUCGAUUCGUGUGACGGAAGAUUUACGAAUUCCUCGUGCGGAGCAACCGAUAAAUACGCAAGGCGCUCUGGAUUUACGUGGAGUGUCGCGCAGUCAACAAAACACGAAUAUUUCCUUGAAUGACGGUCGUGCGUUGAUUUCUCGACCGGAGCAAUCGACAAUGAUUCCUCUGACCGAGGGGCGGCCGAAUUCUAUCGCGGAACAUGUAUCUCCAGCUGUACUGCCAGAUCUUCGUUCUGGUGUUCCACGAAUUCUGCAAACUACGGCUACGUUGCCUAGUCAAUCCGUUGCCGUGCCAGUAGCUGGGCAAUCUGUCGCGCAAUCGGGAUCCUCGGUGCUGCUUGCUGAAGAAGUCGGCCAUUCUGAGGAACCAUUGCCACCUGGUUGGGAAAUGAGAUACGAUUUGUAUGGAAGGAGAUAUUAUGUCGAUCAUAAUACUCGAAGCACGUCUUGGGAAAGACCUCAACCUUUGCCUCCUGGAUGGGAAGUUCGUCGUGACCCAAGAGGUAGAAUCUAUUAUGUUGAUCACAAUACGAGAAGUACGACGUGGCAAAGACCAAAUACGGAAAGAUUGCAGCAUUUCCAGCACUGGCAGGGUGAACGACAAUAUGUCGUCCAACAAGGAAAUCAAAGAUUUCUUUAUCCCCAGCCUCAUGGAAAUCAAGCUGCUGCGGGUCUGUCGACAUCUGUAGCCGACGACGACGACGCUCUGGGACCAUUACCGGCUGGUUGGGAAAGACGAAAGCAACCGGAAGGAAGAAUUUAUUAUGUAAAUCAUAAGAAUCGAACUACGCAGUGGGAGGAUCCCCGAACACAAGGUCAAGAAACCGGAAUGGAUGAACCACCGUUGCCGGAUGGCUGGGAGAUACGUUUAACUGAAGACGGAGUUCGAUAUUUUGUCGAUCAUAACACUCGAACCACGACAUUUCAGGAUCCAAGGCCGGGUGCACCCAAAGGCCCGAAAGGUGUAUAUCGUGUGCCAAGAGCGUACGAGAGAUCAUUCCGAUGGAAAUUGUCUCAAUUCCGGUUCUUGUGUCAGACUAAUGCGUUGCCUAAUCAUAUUAAGAUUAGCGUUAGUCGACAAACAUUGUUUGAAGAUUCCUAUCAUCAAAUAAUGAAUGCAGAAGCCUUUGCGCUAAGACGGAGAUUAUAUAUAAUAUUUAAAGGAGAGGAAGGUCUGGAUUAUGGAGGUGUAUCUAGGGAAUGGUUUUUCUUACUGAGUCACGAAGUUUUAAAUCCAAUGUACUGCCUAUUUGAAUAUGCCAAUAAAAGCAAUUAUAGUUUGCAAAUAAACCCAGCAUCAUAUGUCAAUCCCGACCACUUGCAAUAUUUCAAAUUUAUUGGCAGAUUUAUCGCAAUGGCUCUUUAUCACGGGCGAUUUAUAUACAGCGGAUUUACAAUGCCGUUUUAUAAACGCAUGCUGAAUAAAAAAUUGGUUAUGAAGGAUAUAGAAUCGAUUGAUCCUGAGUUUUACAAGUCUCUCGUGUGGAUAAAAGAAAAUAAUAUUGAUGAGUGCGGCCUAGAAUUGUAUUAUAGUGUGGAUUUUGAGAUUCUUGGUCAAGUAAUACAUCACGAAUUAAAAGAAGGUGGCGAUAAAGUUAGAGUAGGCGAAGAAAAUAAAGAAGAAUACAUCAGGUUAAUGACAGAAUGGAGAAUGACAAGAGGUAUAGAAGAACAAACAAAAGCAUUUUUGGAAGGCUUCAAUUCUGUUGUACCUCUAGAAUGGCUCAAAUAUUUCGAUGAACGUGAACUGGAACUCAUGCUUUGUGGCAUGCAGGAAAUAGACGUUGAAGAUUGGCAACGCAAUACAAUUUAUAGACAUUACACUCGUAACAGUAAACAGAUUCUGUGGUUUUGGCAGUUUGUAACGAGAACGGACAGCGAAAAAAGAGCUAGACUGUUACAAUUUGUGACUGGUACUUGUCGUGUACCUGUUGGUGGAUUUGCUGAAUUAAUGGGGAGCAACGGUCCACAAAGAUUUUGUAUAGAGAAGUUUGGAAAGGAUACCUGGUUGCCAAGAUCACAUACUUGCUUCAAUAGACUAGACCUACCACCUUACAAAAGUUACGAUCAAUUAGUAGAAAAACUAAAUUAUGCGAUUGAAGAAACAGAAGGAUUUGGCCAAGAAUAAUUGUAAAUAUGCUAAUGAAUGAGUAGGUACGCUACUACUAUUUAUAUAUGAUUAACAGAUGGCAAAACAAAAUUUAGGGUAAUAGCACAAACUAAAAUACGGUAAAUGAGUUUAUGCUACGUUCAAAAUUUGUUGAGUGCAAUUAUUAUUAACAUUGUAAAAGUUUCGAAUAAUUAAAGAUGUUUAUAGGUAAAUUGCCCAAAAAUUUGUAUAAAGCGUCAUAAAUUAUAUGCAAAUAAUGUAAUAAUUCAAAUUAAUAUCCAUUUAUUCUAACA